GUCCGCGUCCCGGGCCCGGGCGGCCGGCGAGCAUGGAGGAGAAGUACCUGCCUGAGCUGAUGGCGGAGAAGGACUCCCUGGACCCCUCCUUCACACACGCUCUGCGGCUGGUGAACCAAGAAAUAGAGAAGUUUCAAAAAGGAGAAGGCAAGGAUGAAGAAAAGUACAUUGACGUGGUGAUUAAUAAGAACAUGAAGCUGGGACAGAAAGUGUUAAUUCCUGUGAAGCAGUUCCCUAAGUUCAACUUCGUGGGGAAACUGCUGGGUCCACGUGGCAAUUCUCUGAAGCGUCUACAAGAAGAAACCUUGACAAAAAUGUCCAUCCUUGGAAAAGGUUCCAUGAGGGACAAGGCAAAGGAGGAAGAGUUGAGGAAGAGUGGGGAAGCGAAGUACUUCCACCUCCACGACGACCUGCACGUGCUCAUCGAGGUCUUCGCCCCGCCCGCGGAAGCCUACGCCCGCAUGGGGCGCGCCCUGGAAGAGAUCAAGAAGUUCCUCAUUCCCGAUUAUAAUGAUGAAAUCAGGCAAGCACAGCUCCAGGAAUUAACAUAUUUGAAUGGCGGCUCAGAAAAUGCCGACGUCCCGGUUGUCCGAGGGAAAUCUGCCUUGCGUACAAGAGGUGUGCCAACGCCAACGAUAACCAGGGGAAGGGGAGGAGUCACAGCCCGGCCGGUUGGAGCAGGUGGACCACGGGGGACGCCAGCCUCCAGGGGAGUCCUGGCCGCCCGGGGGCCAGUGAGCCGGGGAAGAGGACUCCUCACUCCCAGGGCAAGAGGUGUCCCCCCAACUGGGUACCGACCUCCGCCGCCACCCCCAACGCAGGAGACCUACGGAGAUUAUGACUACGACGACGGAUACAGCACUGCUUACGACGACCAGAGUUACGAUUCCUAUGACAACAGCUACAGCGCCCCAGCCCAGAGCAGCGGUGCCAAUUACUACGAUUACGGGCAUGGACUCAGCGACGAGACGUACGAUUCCUACGGGCAAGAGGAGUGGACCAACUCGCGACACAAGGCACCUGCAGCGAGGACGGCGAAGGGCGUCUACAGAGACCAGCCAUAUGGCCGAUACUGAUUGUACUCUCUGAUGUUGUGACAUAGCCAAUCUCCACCAGUCCUGUAUACUGUUCAAAGUAAUUUUUUCUAUGAACAAUCCCUUUUUAAAUAAAUCCAAAUGCUUAAAAUCUGAAUGGAUGGAGCUUAAAACUACUUUGUGGAAACAUCAACCUGAGCAGAAAGAAAAAGAAAAAAAAAAGAGACAUGCAAAAUUUUGUUAUUUCCCGUCUGUAUAUGAAAAAAAAUAGGUCAUCAAAAGGAAAAAAAUAACUUUGAUUAACUAGUGUUAAACAAAAAAAUAGGUUUACUAAAUAUGUUAAUCCAUCCUUUAACAUAAGCCUCACCUUUCAUUUUAAAGGUUUCCAUAGAGUUUAGUUAUUUUAUCUUUCAGACAUAUGCCAGUUUUUUUCUCUUGCCAACAUGCGUAAAAAGGGAAGCCAAUUACAAGUGCAAAUAAUGUGGUAUUCUUUUGUAAUUCAAGUCUUGAAAU